CGGCGCUUAUCUCCAUGUGUUGCUCAGGCAGGCAGGCAGGCAGACAUGGCCGUAGAUCACUUACCUACACAUGGGGCAUAGAUGUCUGGGUCAGGACGGUGCACAUGAACGCUCCGUACAGACUGCCAUCCAUUCCAUUCAGGUAGAGACAUACAAGAACGUAACGACUCCACACGUGACAUGACAUGCCCGUCGAUGAGGCAAGACUAAGCAGCCGAGCCGAAAGCAAGGCAUGAAACUACACAACUUGGACAUGCAUCUCUUCAUUUUGAUGGCCAAAAGAAAAGAAAAGGCGCCUCAACUAGGGCAAGACUGCGCAGCCGACUGAAAGACGUGAAACUACACCUCUCUUUUGCAAAAUGCCAACAAGCAUCUGACUGACUGACUGCCAGGCAUACAUCUGCACACACAUCCGCACAGGGCCGACCCACAUUCUCCCACGGUGACCGAUCGUUUGGGUCCCUCCGUCUGUGUCCGAUUGACCGGAAGGAAAAUGGAUAGCCAGCCCCUUAUCAGCAGGCAACACCACAACUCCCCUGUACACAUAGGUGCCCAACAGCGUGCCGUCCGUCAUACGACCGAUGGCUCUCCCUGACAAUUGUCAGACAUACGAACAAGAAGACACGAGAUAUUUUCCUGGCUUCACUGUCGCUUUCGGCUCGCUCUUCAUUGCUCACCUCGUGAGCAUUCCUUGCAGCCGUCCGGACCUUUCGCCGCACAUAGAUGCUCCAUGCAAACGGCCCGACUCGAGAGAGAAUCGUCACAAGAGUGAAGAAGGCAGACACAACGAACAGCAUCGCAUUGCUGGCCUCCGUCGCCCACAGGAUCGUCAGCACCAAAAUGGGCACUUCCAGCAGGGCUAGGGCCGCAAUCCAGAUGUGCUGGCAAAGGGAGGGAGGGCCGCGGAUGCCGUAGUGGAUGAACAGCGAUACGAAGUCAGCCAGCGAUAAACCCAGGAUGACGCUGCCGACAACUAUAUGGCCCUGCUCUUCUCGUAGGCCUUGCGACCCGAAGAGCAUUUCCACUCCCACCGCUGCAUCAGUGACGAAGUCCACGGCCAUCCCCACGACGGCCAGAAGUUUGUACAGGCGAACAAAGGUGAGGAAGUCCAUCCGUUUGAGCCACCGCUUGACCACCAAGCGGUACAGAAAGGGCUCUGUCUGCCGGGCCUUGGCUAUGCGCUCGGCCGUCGGUGAGGGUCUCCACCCUGCCCGGCGGCCGCAGCAUGAGAGCCGCUUGUGAUCGACGUCGAUUUCCUUUUCACCCGUCGGUGUGGUCGAUGCACUGAUAACGCGCGGCUCCGAGAUGGCAAUUAGCAAAGUGAACUGCAGAAGGGCCGCACCAGCCACCCACGCCAGUGCGCCGAAGCGGCCGGGGCCAAAGGAAUCGGGUAGCACUGAUAUGUAAACCGAACUGAACAUGAACCCGGAGAGGACAAUGAGGACAAUCAAGAAAUAGAUGACGCAUCGGAUGCCCCACCAAAGAGGCGGUGCGCACAGACUUCCCAAUCCAAUCAAGAGCAUCAGGGACAGCGCUGCGAAACUCACAAUCGCCAGCGACCAGUCAGGCAAACUGGGAAUCCCCAACGCCGGGUACCCAAGGAUAACAAGAAGGUAGACAAUACCGCCCGACCAGUAGACUGCAUAGAUCAGGAGGAGGCCGAUGAUGAGAAGGAAAUGCCUCACAGGGUAGUCCGUCAGCCACAAGGUCACACAGCCAAUCCGCAGCACCAGAAAGCCCCACAGAUCACCCUCAGGCGAAGCAUCCCCGUCGCCAGGUGGAGCCCGGCCGUCCACUGGGGUGGAGUUCGGUGUUGAGACCGCGGUGGACACGCCUGAUAGCCGAGCACCGCCCUCGUCAUCUCCUUGAGCCUCCGAUUGAUGCUCCGAUGACUCCGCUGGCCUUUUGUAAUUCGUCGUGACGUCCACUUCAGAAGCUGAUUGUCUGAGGACGUCUGGAGGAUCAGCCGAGGCUGGAGCAGCGACGCUGGCGAACGUGGGCGGUCUCAUGCGCAAUUUGGGUCGGCG